AUGUCGCAGGAUACAAUUGUUUCAUUUGAUGAAAACAUACUUCAAUUACCUUCAUGUUUAGCAAUUCAUACUCAACUUCGUCCCAGUUUAAAUCGUUUCGAAUUAAAAGAUUAUGUCGAUCACAUGCAAAAAUUAUGUCAAACAAAUCAAUCGCAUAUAUGUGGAAUUAUAAGAAAAACUCAAUCAGAAACAAUUGUUUUAGCAUUAGCAUUUUAUCGAAUACAUCCAACAACAUAUGAUACAAUACGUUUUGAAGUUCAUGAUUUAGUUGUUGAUGAAAAAGAACGAAAUCAUGGUUUAGGUACACAACUUUUUCAAUAUUUAAUUAAACAAUCGAAAGAAUGUGGAGCACCGUCAUUAGUUUUACAAUGUGAUUUAACAAAUACAAAAGCACAUGGGUUCUUUUUUCGACAUAAUUUAGCAAUAAGUUCAUUUGGAUUUGCUGUAAAAACGAUGAAUUUAUUAGAAAAUCCUAGUCAUAUAAAAGUUAUGGAUAUAACAGAUUCAUCCGAUAAUAAACAAUUAUUAAUUCAAGCUCAAGAUGUUUUUCUACAACUUCGACCAAAUUUAUCUAGUGAUCAAAAUACAUAUAUUGGUCAAAUUCAUCAUAUUUGUCAAACUGGUCCAGCUCGUAUAAUAGUUGCAAUAAGUAAUGAUGAAAAAAAAGAUAUAUUAGGUUUAGCUGUUUAUCGUAUAUCAAAUAAUAUCAAAUAUUCUAAACAUAUCUAUUGUGAUGAUUUAAUAACGGAUGAAAAUAAACGAAGUUUAGGUGUUGGCCAAUCUCUUAUUAAUUUUAUGAAAAAUGAAGCAACAAAAUUAGGAUUAAGUCUUAUAGCAUUGGAUAGUGGUUGUCAACGUGGACGAGCACAUAAAUUUUAUCAUCGUCAAGGCUUUCAUAUUGAUCAAUUUGAAUUUACACUAUUUUAUUAA